CCCACUUCUAUUUUGCAUGUGACGAUGAUUAGCGGCAUGUGUACAAUACAAAACAUCAAGUGGCUAGCUAGCUACACGAUAGAGUCAAAGUUUAAUAUUGUAUUUAACUUCAAACUUUUAAAAAUGAUCCUGCUACAUUGUAUUAUUUAUGUAUUCUUGUUUCCUUGUGCACUUAGUAAGAAUGUGCACGGACCCAACUUUGGCUACGGAAUGUUUGAGAAGACUCAGAGACCGAGAGAUGAUCACAGUAUCCGUGUGGGAGCAUAUUUUGAUCAUUUUGUGGUCAAGAAACGAAGCGUCGAACUCGACAUAAAGACAUGCAAACCACUCCCGGGAUUUGAGGCCACGCUAAAGAAUAACACACAUUCCUUCACCUUCAAUGUAAGGAGCAUGGGCUCAGUGUCUCUGGCCUGGGUUGGAGAUGGCACUGGGGUGCUGCUGGCCUUGACCACGUUCCAGGUGCCCAUGUUCAUGCUGCGCUUCGGCCAGUCCACCCUCUACAGGAGCGAGGACUAUGGGAAAACCUUCAAGGAUGUUACUCACCUGAUCAACCACACGUUCGUCCAGACAGAGUUUGGAAUCGCCAUCAGCCCAGACCACUCCGGCAAGGUGAUUCUGACAGGUGACCUGUCGCAGAAGGGCGGCUCGCGGCUGUUCCGCUCGCAGGACUUUGGCCGGAGCUUUGUCCCGUCCGACCUCCCCUUUGAGCCCCUCAUCCAGAUGCUGUACAACCCUGGAGACUGCAGCGUGCUUCUGACCCUCAGCAUCAAGAUGGACUCGUGGCUGUCUGAGGACUUUGGUGCCACCUGGAGGAAGAUACAUGACAGUGUGUGUCUCGUCAGAUGGGGCCCUAAGAACACCCUCUACUUCACCACAAACCCCAAUGGAUCCUGCAGCGAUAGGGGAAUGUUGGAGUUAAAGAGGACUGUGGACUACGGUAGAAGUUUCCGGACCAUCGCCACCAAAGUCUACUCUUUUGUAUUAGGAGGACGAUUCAUCUUUGCGUCCAUCAUGACUGGAACGGGCACCGAGCGUAUGAUCCACGUGUCUGUGAGCGGAGGAGAGGACUGGAACAUGGCCCAGCUCCCCACUGUGGGUCACGAGCAGUUCUACUCCAUCCUGGCUGCCAACAACGACAUGGUCUUCAUGCACGUGGACGACCCUGGAGACACUGGCGUGGGCACCAUCUAUGUGUCGGACGACCGAGGCGUGCUGUACUCCAGGUCUCUGAAGCGCCACCUCUACACCACCACAGGGGGCGACACUGACUUCACCAACAUCACCUCGCUCCGGGGGGUCUACAUGAGCAGCGUGCUCACAGAGGGAGGCUCAGUAGAGACGGUGGUGACCUUUAACCAGGGAGGAGAGUGGCAGCCUCUGCAUCACCCACGAAACAGCCGCUGUGACACGGACACCUCCACCAACCGGCCCAGCAGGUGCAGACUGCACAUCCACGCCUCCUACAGCACCACCAUGAAGAUGAACGUUCCCAUGCUGCCCCUGUCCCAGCCCAGCGCUGUAGGCAUCAUCCUGGCUCACGGUAGCGUUGGAGACCCAGCCUCUGUGUUGGCCCCUGACGUGUAUGUGUCUGACGACGGGGGCUACACCUGGCUGGAGGCCCUCAGGGGCCCCCACCAGUACGCCAUCCUGGACUCUGGGGGGUUGCUGGUGGCUGUGGAGCACACCCAGUCACCGCUCCAUCAGAUCAAGUUUUCCACAGACGAGGGCCAGUGCUGGCGUGUGUACAACUUCACCAGCGAGCCCCUGCACUUCAGCGGCAUGGACUCUGAGCCUGGGGCACGCUCCAUGAACAUCAGCCUCUGGGGCUUCAGGGACCGGCCUGGGAACUGGGUGGUCGUCACCAUCGACUUCCGACAGCUCCUCAACAGAGACUGUGGAGAGGGCGACUACGUGCAGUGGCUGGCCCACUCCUCUGACCUCAGCGACCCCAGCGACGGCUGCCUGCUGGGAUAUAAGGAACACUUCCUGCGCCUGAGGAAGGACUCCAUCUGCUGGAACGGGAGGGAUUACAUUAUCGGCACCCAGGCCGCCCCCUGCUCCUGCACGCUGGAUGACUACCACUGUGAUUUUGGGUACUACCGCUCAGAGAACAGCUCAGAGUGUGUGAGGCAGGCGGAUCUGAAGGGCCUUGACCUGGAGUUCUGUCUGAAUGGGACCACAGAACAACUGCAGACCAGCGGGUACCGGAAGAUUCCAGGGGACCGGUGUGAGGCCGGGAUCAAGCCGGAGAGGAAGGAGAUUGACCUGAGAGAAGUCUGCGUUAGCAGUGCCCUCCUUCCCAAGCCUUUGGCUGAAGACAACUCUUUAAAUCCUGCUCCAGUAGUGGUGAUUGUCAUGUUGUUUCUGCUCCUGAGUGCUGCUGCAGGUGUUUUGCUAGUGAAGAAGUAUGUCUGUGGAGGAAGGUUCCUGGUACAUAGGUACUCUGUACUGCGGCAGCAUGUUGAGGCCAAUGGGAUUGAGGGAGUGGAUGAUCUGGACACAAACAGCAUGGAGACAGGCAAAACACAUUACCACGAUGACUCAGACGAGGAUCUCUUGGCUUGAAGGUGGACUGAAAACUUCACACUUCCAACACUAUAUUUUAGAAGCCUGUCCAAGACUCCUCUUGCUAUGUCUAAAACAUUGCCUUUCUUUUUGUGUGUCUGUCAACUAAUGUUACUGCUGCCCCCAGUGUCUUCACCUCUCAGCGCCCCCAUGUGGCUGGAGAAUCCAACAACAUCUUUUGAUGUUCCUCUCCAAUUUCAAGUGAAAUAGAGGAAGAGAUGUGGGUUGGUGGAAAGGACAGACUGAGACCUAUGAUGUCUCUAAAGUGCUGGACAACAAAUAAGCGAGACACAAAUGCAGGGACUGGGACCUGACUGGAUCAGGCAGAAGAUAAGAAAAUAGCUGAUAUGUUCAUAUUUUAUCUGAGAAAGAUGCAGACUGUGGUCCAUGGAAUUUGUAGCAUAUUGAACUCAGUGAAGAUGUAAACAAUCACACUAACUAUACAACAGUUCUUAUCAAUAUUGAGAAUAGCUAGUGUUCUCCUUGCUUGUUCCGUAGGAGUGGGAAACUUGAAUUAUGCCACCAAAGCACUUUCAUUGUUCAGUAUUGUAGACAGGGCAGGUGGAAGGGAUAGUAAGUAUAGUGUUCAACAGAUGAAGGAAUGUACUAACUAGUGAAUUACAAUGUACCAUAACUACAGGUCUCUACUUGAACUGUGUAGUGCCUCAUAAUAAUACAUCGCAAAUGUCUGACUUUGACGGCCAAAACGGAUGUCCAGCUGAUAGUAAUUGUUGACUGCCAAAAACGGAUAUCAAGCUGAUAUUAAUUUGUUGUCAACUUUUCAUAUCAAUGGUAAUUGUGAAAUAUGCAGGACCUAAAUUGUGCUUUGUCUAGCAGUAGAGGCAACAUUGUAUAGCCUGGAUACCGACUAGCACCAGGGCCCGUACCCCAGUGAAUAAGCUGUUUGGUUCUUGGAUGAACAAUAACCAAGGAGGUAUUAUGACUAAUGAUGUUGACUGUGUCAUCUUCAUUAAAUCCAACAAGUUAUGUUGUCAGUUUUAAUUCA